AGCAGUAGAUAGUUCGUGGUUGGUUUGUUCGGAGAAGACAGCAUUAGAGAGAGAAACAGAAACUAACGUUGAACUAGACGGCUUCGUACUUUUUAUCAUUACAUAACACAACUCUAUUACUCCGUACAUUAAUACUAAACUUACUCACACUCUACCACAGUACAUAUCACUUGUAUAUAUACUUGUUACAACCACUCCUCUAUCUCUAUCUCUCCAACAAAUCUCGUUUCUCGGUCCAUUCUCUCUUCACGAAUAUCAAGGAUUUCUCUCUCUCUCUCUCUCUCUCUCCCAUCUCUCUGUUAUUCUCUAUUUUAUUAACCCUAUUUUAAAUAUUAUUAUUGUUUUUUUAUUUUAAAUUAAUGGUCGCUCAUUUUUAUAUAUAUGUGUGUGAGAGAGAUUGAAGAAAUAGUGGCCUGAAUUGUGAUGAACAGAUCCAUACAACCCAGAAUUCACUCCAUCUCGUUCAAGAACAAAACCCCAUGUUUUAAAUUCAUAUGGAAUUAGUACAUUGCAUAGGGAUUACAAAAGGUGGUUUCUUGAGGUGGGGUUUUAUGGGUUAAACUCAAGAAAUCAUGGGUAGCUACUGUGAUAAAGGCGAAGAAAGUCCAUACUUCGAUGCUAAGGAUGACAUUGUUUCUUCUUUAUCUGAUUCGGGGUCUGAUAUUUGUGAAUCUAGCCAUAGCAAUGAAAAUGGAGUUUCCAGUAGCUAUCAGUAUGAUGUCUGGGUUAAAGGACCGUUAAGUGUGCGAAGACGUCGUUGUGCAUUCUCAAGGCUCAUGGGAUUAAGCUUAGAUGGUGCAGAAUCUUGUGCUGAUACAGUAGAUUCGGUUGGUAGUGGUGACAGCUUUAGAAGAGAGAAUAGCGCUUCUUUGUUGAGGAAUGGAACUUCUGAAGAUGACUUCUGUUCUAGCCGGUCCAUUGUGUCUACCUUAUCCAAUGAUGAUUUUGAUUUGUCGAGUAAAUUGAGCUUAAAAGAAAAUUUCACAUCUCAAGAUGCAAAUGUUACUGAUAAAUCGGGUCCUGAGCCGUUAACCAAAAUGGGGAAUGAGGUUCCUUCUCCCUCGGUUUCCUUAGUUCACCAACGCUUAAAGCAACAAAUCAGGGAGUCAUUAAUUCAGCAAAACAUGCAGCAAAAAGCUGAGGUUGCUGGAAAUACAACAAAGACGGGGAACAGGGUCAAAAGUAGGUGGGUUAAUCGAAUUCGUUCCUUUUCGUGCAUUGCAAACAAUACAGAAGCAGCUCAAAGUUCACCUCCAAUGGGAUCCCACUCAGUUGUGAGAGGAAGGGUUCGGAGAGUAAAGGUUCACCAAAGCAAAAAACAUUUGAAAGAGCUAUCAGCUCUUUUUGUUGGGCAAGAUAUACAGGCACAUGCUGGUUCAAUAUUGGCAAUGAAAUUCAGUCCAGAUGGUCAAUACCUUGCUAGUGCCGGCGAAGAUGGGAUUGUUCGUGUGUGGCAAGUUGUGGAAGAUGAGAGAUCGAAUGAAGUUGAUAUCCCAGAUAUUGACCCGUCUUGCAUAUACUUUACUGUAAAUCAUCUAUCUGAAUUGGCUCCUUUAGCGGCUGAGCAGGAAAAAAUCAGUAAGUUGAAGAGAAUGAGGAAAACUGCAGAUUCGGCUUGUAUCAUUUUCCCACCAGUGGUAUUUCGGAUAUUGGAGGAACCGCUGCACGAGUUUCGGGGGCACACAGGAGAGAUCUUGGACCUCUCAUGGUCAAAGAAUAAUCAUCUGAUUUCUUCAUCUGUUGAUAAAACUGUUCAUUUGUGGAAAGUAGGAUGUGACCAAUUUCUUAAAGCUUUUCCACACAGUAAUUACGUGACUUGUGCUCAGUUUAACCCUGUGGAUGAUAAUCAAUUUAUUAGUGGUUCAAUUGAUGGAAAAGUUCGCAUCUGGGCAAUCGAUGAAUGUCAAGUUGUUGAUUGGACUGAUGUGAGAGAUCUAGUGACUGCUGUUUCUUAUCGCCCUGAUGGGCAGGGUGGGAUCAUUGGCAAUGUAACUGGCAGCUGCAGAUUGUUCACUGUAACAGACAAUCAUCUCCUACUGGAAGCUCAGAUGUGCUUAAAUAGUAAAAAGAAACCUAACAGCAAAAAGAUAACUGGCUUUCAGUUCUUUGACCAAGAUCCAAGCAAAGUAAUGGUUACUAGUGCGGAUUCUCAAGUUAAAAUUCUUCAGGGGAUGAACAUAAUUGGCAAGUUCAGUGGCCUAAAAAGUGGGGCAAACCAAAUAUCUGCCUCUUUUACUCCAGACGGGAGGCAUAUCGUCUCUGCUUGUGAUGAUUCAAAUGUAUAUUUAUGGGACUCCAACAAUAAGGAAAAACCACCUGCGUCCUUAACCAAACCAAAAACCAGCAAGUCCUUUGAGUACUUCUCCAAUGAUGCCUCAGUGGCAAUUUCUUGGUCUGGUUUGAGACCAGGGAUCUUAAAUAAUGAGUGCACUUUACAAGUUGUAGAUGAGUGUGUCUCGAACAGGAUCUCUUUCUCACCAUCUGCUUGUUUCUCCAUGGGCCAGGGAUUUUCCGUCGAGCCUAUUCCCAAGGGAUCUGCAACUUGGCCGGAGGAGAAACUUCCCCCAAGUCCUCGUGCUAUACCGUCUGCACUAUAUAAAACCCAAUAUAAUUUUCUAAAAAAAUCCUGCCAGUGCUCAUCAAUAUCUCAUGCCUGGGGUCUGGUGAUUGUUACUGCCGGCUGGGACGGUAGAAUAAGAUCGUUCCACAAUUAUGGGUUACCAGUUGCUCUCUGAAGAUUCGUCUGGUAGGGUGCCUACCUUCUUCCGGAUUUGAUCAAUUUGUCAUUUUGUUCAAAUGGGCCAGCAUAAUAAGGGGUUGUUAGCAAAAGCGUUGGUUAAUUCAACGCAUGUGCAGUGUUUGCGCUACCUGAAAAUUUAGAAAGUAUUAGUUGGCCCUUGUGCAGAUUUGAGAAGAAAUCAGCCAAUAAUUUAAAUACAGCUGAAGCUACCUUAUCCGCAUUGGGGACACUACUACUCACCCUAAUCCUUCUAUUCCUCAUUAUGUUCUCUUGAUAAAUUUAGCUCUUGGCAGCCAAAGAAAGAAACAGAUUCGAUGUGAUUAUGGGUGACUUUUCAAGAUGCAUAUCUUUAUUGUGGAGGUGCUGGUGGGGUCUUUUGAAAACUUUGGUCGUUAUCUUCAGACAGAGUACAGAGCCAGUGGUUGAUAUUCAUCUUGGAGAAAGUAGUAGGGUAAGUUUCUCCUUGCCUGGUUUUUGGCCUGUCAAAAUGAUUGAGGUCCUUGUUCGCCAUUUCAUCCAAGGUGGGGGUCGGUUUGUGGUGAACUAUCAGCAGAGCGACAACGCCCAUUGUAUGUCAAAACAUAGCUUCUCAUCUGAGUUGAAUGCUCUACUAGUAAAUCCAUGUAGACGCAUCAGACUGUAAUUGCUGAUAGCAGAUACUAACGCGGCCCUGGUAAUGAAUUCCCAAUACAUAUACAUCGAUCUGGACUGCAGCUACAUUACCUGGUUUUACGUUAUAUGGACUGCUGCCAUGACUAACUUCUAUUGUUUCACUAACAAGGUCCGCGGAACAGAUUUCAUUCGCAAUCCUGGUUCCUCUGCUGUCAAACUGAAUAGACUCUCGGUAAUUAGAGGGUCUGGAGGUUACUGAAUUUUGUAUAGAGCUAGUAUAGAAUUUUUCCUCUUAAAGUUACAAAUCGAAGUAGUUAACUCUUAGCUGAACUUUAUAGCCUUUAUACUGUGUUUCAGAAUUUUUCUUUC